AGAGGAGGUGCGUGCUUAGGGAGGAGGGGAUAAAGCGGAGCGGAGAGGUUCAGGUGGUUUGGAGGAGACCAGACGGCACUUCACUCUGGACCGUCUCGACUUCAGGUCAGGUUUGACGUCACUCUGGCAAACUCAGCAUGCACUGCGUCUGUGUGGCUCUAAGAAGAAGAGGUAUCAUGAAUGUGAUGGCGGUUCUGGAGCCUGCUGGAGGCUAAAUACUCCUCUACCUCUGCUUCCACGCCAACAGCUCUACCGGCAAAAACUCUGACUUAGUCCGUCUACAGUUAUAUAGAGUGGGUGACGUUCGAAGAAAAGUCGCUGCAUAGUCUUUCGGUGUGAACCGUCACCAUGGCUACAGACAUCGGUUCUCCGCAGCGCUUCUUCCACAUGCCGCGUUUCCAACACCAGGCGCCGCGGCAGGUGUUCUACAAGAGGCCGGACUUUGCUCAGCAGCAGGCCAUGCAGCAGCUCACCUUUGACGGCAAACGCAUGAGGAAAGCCGUCAACCGCAAAACCAUUGACUACAACCCCUCUGUCAUCAGGUACCUAGAGAACAGACUUUGGCAGAGAGACCAUCGGGACCUUAGAGCCAUCCAACCAGACGCUGGAUUCUACAAUGAUCUUGUCCCGCCUCUGGGAAUGCUCAACAAUCCGAUGAAUGCUGUCACCACAAAGUUUGUCCGGACAUCCACCAACAAAGUCAAGUGUCCAGUCUUUGUGAUCAGGUGGACUCCCGAGGGCAGACGUCUGGUUACCGGGGCCUCCAGUGGAGAGUUCACACUGUGGAACGGCCUCACCUUUAACUUCGAGACCAUUUUGCAGGCCCACGACAGUCCUGUGCGGGCCAUGACCUGGUCUCAUAACGACAUGUGGAUGCUGACAGCCGACCACGGCGGCUUCGUCAAGUACUGGCAGUCCAACAUGAACAACGUGAAGAUGUUCCAGGCUCACAAGGAGGCCAUUAGAGAAGCCAGUUUCUCACCUACAGAUAAUAAAUUCGCAACGUGCUCCGAUGACGGAACCGUCAGGAUCUGGGACUUUCUCCGAUGUCACGAGGAACGGAUCCUCAGAGGUCACGGUGCUGAUGUCAAGUGUGUGGAUUGGCAUCCAACCAAAGGUCUGGUUGUCUCUGGAAGCAAAGACAGUCAACAACCAAUCAAGUUCUGGGAUCCAAAAACUGGACAAAGUCUGGCUACACUCCACGCCCACAAGAACACGGUGAUGGAGGUGAAGUGGAACCUGAACGGUAAUUGGCUGCUGACAGCGUCACGUGACCACCUGUGUAAACUCUUUGACAUCAGGAACCUGAAGGAGGAGCUGCAGAUUUUCAGAGGACACAAGAAGGAGGCCACUGCUGUGGCCUGGCACCCGGUCCAUGAAGGUCUUUUUGCCAGUGGUGGUUCUGAUGGAUCCCUGCUCUUCUGGCACACGGGGGUGGAGAAGGAGGUGGGGGGGAUGGAAAUGGCUCAUGAGGGAAUGAUCUGGAGUCUGGCCUGGCACCCUCUGGGUCACAUCCUGUGUUCCGGCUCCAACGACCACACCAGUAAAUUCUGGACACGGAAUCGACCAGGGGAUAAAAUGAGAGACCGGUACAACCUGAAUCUCCUGCCUGGAAUGUCGGAGGACGGCAUGGAGUAUGACGACCUGGAGCCCAACAGUUUGGCCGCGAUCCCCGGUAUGGGAAUCCCAGAGCAGCUGAAGGCCGUGAUGGAGCAGGAACAGAACAGUAAAGAGGCAGCUCCUGAGGUGGAGAUGUCAAUCCCAGGACUGGACUGGGGCAUGGAUGAGGUCAUGGGUAGAGACGCUAAAAAAGUGCCUCAGAAAAAAGUCCCCUACGCCAAACCCAUCCCGGCACAGUUCCAACAGGCCUGGGCGGAGAACAAAGUUCCCAUGAUGCAGCCCUCCGGAGACAUGUCCAAAGACCGAAAGGUGGAGCAGAAGGUGGAGGGGAAAAAGAAAAGUCAGGCGGAGAUCGAGCAGGAAAUGGCAGCGCUGCAGUACACCAAUCCACUGCUGCUGGAGCAAAUAAAGAUGAACCAGAUGAACACAGACAGUAACAUGGGCCCUCCUCAGGGGCCCCCCUUCCCCAGCUCUGGAGGUCCAGGUGGACCCGGAGGUCCAAUGCCUCCAAACCAGCAAGGCUUUCCUCUUAACAUGCCUCCCCAGCAGAUACCCAACAACAUGGGGCCCCAUAUGGGUCCUGGAGGUAUGCCAGGACCCUUCAUCCCUCCAGGACAGAUGGGACCCUCCUCAGGACCUCAGCCACAUCAGCUCCCCCCCCAGGGCAUGAUGGGACCACCAGACAUGCAGGGACCCCAAGGUAUGCAGAGACAUCCUGGUCCUCCAAGACACAUGGGCCCCGAUGGGCUUCACAGUAUGGGUCAUGGUCCCAGGGGAAUGCAGGGCCCACUGGGUGGCAUGAUGGGCCCACCUCUUCGAGGAAUGGGUCCAAGGGAUCCACAGGGUCCCCCACCACAGGGUGGCAUUAUAUCACCCCAAGGGAACAUGAUGGCCCCCCAAGGUCCCAUGCAGGGUGGGAUGAUGGGGCCCCCAUCUCGGACUCACAACAACAUAUCAAACAACUAUGGGAUGGGCAGCAUGCACGGUCCUUCAGGAAAUAUACAGGGCCCCCCUGGAAAUAUGCAGGGACCACAUGAAAACAUGCAGUCUUACAUGCAGAACCAGGGUCAGAACUCUGGGCCUAUGCUGCACGGAAUGGGCCAGCAGGGGCCCAACAUGAAAGGAGAUCCUCGGGGGCCACCACACACUUACCACAUGGGCCCUGUGGAUCGACAGGGCCUUGGAGGUUCUGGAGGACCAGAUCAAGGGUACUGGGAUGACACUCAGCCAGGUCGUCGUGCACCUCAGGACUUUGACGGAAGCCAGGACUUUCAUGGCCGAGGAGAGGAAAACUGGAGACCUGGACCUGGACCAGGAUUCCAAGGAGGGGCAGGACCUCGGGGGAGAGGACACCGUGGAGGAGGCAGUGGUGGGAACUGGGGCCACGAUGAGAGGUUUGGUGGAGGUGACUUCAGAGGCCGUAGAGACGAUCGGUUUAGAGCGGGGGGGCCCGGUCGGCCUGGGGCCCGAGGUUUUCCUGAUGAGUAUGGCAUUCCAGAUGAAGUCUUCGAUGGUCCGGAGGAUAUGAGCCGUGGCUGGGACAGUGGUGGCAGAGGACGACUGCCACGGUCAGGAGGUCCCCCUAGAGGAGGAGGACAUGAACUUUACCGAGACACACAGCAGAUGCAUGAUGGUUCGUCUCCGGCAGGUCGCGAGCGCUCGUCCUCACUGCAAGGCAUGGACAUGGCGUCUCUGCCGCCGCGGAAGCGCCCUUGGCAGGACGGACCAGGAACAGGAGAUCCACGAGAUCUGGAGUCUCCUGGGCCUGAUGGAGGUCGACCUCCUCAGAGAGACGACGGUGGAUUUGUUCCUCCUAUUCGUGGUGGACGUGGAGGUUGGGGUCCUGGUCCACCAGGACCCAGACGAGGAGGCCCACCACCCAGAGGAGCACCUAGAGGGGUCCGGGGCCGGUAG